AUGAAGCUAGAAACUUCACAACCCCAAACAAAACCUUCUUCAGUGAAUGAAUAUGAUGUUGUGAUCUAUAAUAUUGAUAGAUCAAGUAGUGAUUUAAAAUAUGGUAGAGGUAGAAUAUGUAAUAAACAUGUUGAUGAAGAUAGUUUCAAAUAUGAUAUAUUUGCUAUUGACUAUGGAUACUUUCAUAAAAUGGUACCAGAAGAUUUUAUUUGGGAAUGUAACGAGGAACUUUCAGCACUACCACCUUUAGCUUUACAUUGUCAACUAGCAAACUGUGCAGUAAUCGGAGGUGGGGCUUGGAGUAAAAUGUCUAUUGAUGCAUUUAAAUCCUAUGUUGGAAAUGAAAAAGCUAAAAUCCUAAUAUUAGAAAAAACAUUUGAAAAACUCAUUGUCGAACUAAAAAAUAGUAAUCCCCACGAUAUUUCUACUUUAAUGGCUUUAACUCAUUUUUCUACAUUGGGCUAUGUUCAUAAUGCUAUUAGUAGAAUGCCUACAAUUGUUCCAAAGAAAAAGUAUAUGACAUAUAAAAAUAUUAAUGUAAAUGACAUUUUACAAGUAAGAGUCCAAAGUGGUAAAUCACUUGAAGCAUUUUAUGUAGCAGAUGUAAAUGAUUACAGAAAUUUUAUGAAAGAAUGUGAUAAUAUUACAUAUUAUACAAAUAAAGAAUCUAAACUUCCAGAAGAACAAUUUGUAGUAGACACACUUGUAUGCGUUAAAAGCUAUACAAAUAAAUAUGAAAGGGCAAUUAUAACUAAAAUUAUUUCUGACACAAGAUCCAUAGUAAAACUAGUGGACUGGGGGAAAGAGGAAGAAGUUCAUAUUAAAAACAUGAGACCUAUGCCUGAAUAUUGCUUGAAAAUACCAGUAUUAGCUAUUUAUUGUUCAGCAAAUGAAAUACAUACAUCAUAUUGUCAAUCAAUACAUAGGCUUCUGUGCCCUGGAUUUGAGUUUAUCAUACAAAUUAAAGAAGUGAGUACCAAGUUUGAAUCACCGAAUAUUAUAAAAAUAUUUCCUUUAAAAUCUUAAAAAGAAGUUUAAAAACAGCAAUGAACGAUUAGCUUUUGAUAUUUAAUAAUUAAAUACAUACAUAACUUUUAAAUACUUUUACUAAACAUUUUAGAAAUGCUUAAAACCAACUAUUUGUGUAAGUUUUUAGGGUUAAGUAUAUAUUACACUUUUUUCAUAUUCUUAAUUCAUAAAUUUUAAUGAAUGAUUUAUAUUUAUAGUAAAUACUUGACAUACAAGAUGUGAGGUAAUAAGUUGGUAAGCUAUCAUUGUUAUUUUUGGUUGAUUAGUUGUAGUAAUUUAUUACAAACUAAAUAAAUACAAACGAAAUGUAA